AAAUGAUUAUAUUUGCCAUCUUCAUUUUAAAGAAGAAAAUAUAAAUAUGUACGAAAAGUUAACUAUUAAAGGAGAGCUCAAAUAUAUUCCUACACAAAGAAAAACGCUUAAGGAAGAAGCUGUGCCCACGAUUGAGCAUCAGUUUAUUCCCAUUCCCGAACAUGAACUCCAAGCCAAUACUAUUCACAUAGAGGAAUCUUUCGAACCAUACCCCAAUCAACCUAAGGCCGAGCAGCAACAACAAAUCAAUGCCGAGCAACAGGAAUUAUCAGAAGAUCAAAAUGAUUCUAAUAAUUUAAUGGAUUAUGAAAUGAUACAACAGGACUUUGCGGAACCAUUGUUUAGUCAAUAUCAGGAUACUAAUGUAACAAUUAAUCCAAUAGAGAAUUUUAAAAGUAAGUUUCGGGCAUUUUCGUUGUUGCCGCCUUUUUGGCUACAUGCAGAAAAUCCUAAUGGGCUGGAAUUUAUGCGAAUGGAUCCAAAAACUCAGAAGAUUAAACAUCAUAUACGUUUAAACGAUGAUCUAACUGUCACUGUAAUUUUUCCCAAUAAUGAACAAUUGCCACUAAAGGAGAAAAUUAAUUCAUAUGACAACACCUACGAUUACUUAAAAUCGGUUGAAAGAUGGCCUUUGUGCGUUGGUACUCAGAUUGACGACAAUAAGUAAGUUUUGGUAGAUUGUUAACCAAGGGAUGAACGCAGUGAGAGUAUAGUCCGAGGCUAAAAUGAUGCCAUUCACCCGAGUUAAACACUCUACUUUUCAUUUCGAAUACGAGGAACCUAGCCCCAAAGCUUGUACUAUGGGUGUAGGCGAUAAUACAACUGUUUGCAGUCGUCUUAUGAAUAUAUAUACCAUAAUGUAACAGUUGUAUUUAAAAUAAAAGGAUAACUCGUAAGCCUAAUAACUUUGAUUUUAUUUAACAUUUUUGUCAUUAAAAAUAUUGUAUGUAACGGUACAUUAAAUAGGUCUUAAUUCUUGAACCUAUCCUAUUAAAACUCGACUUUUAUGUGUAUUUUAAGAACCCUUAUUAUGUAGGUACCUGUAGAUUAAAGCACUAUUUAUACAUAAACAAUGGUACAGGAGAAUAAUAAAAGAUAAAAACGAAUUUAUCUAAUAUAUAAUUACAUCAAUUUUCAGAUUUUGUAAAGGUGUGAUUAUUGGUGAUGAUACUUACGAAAGAAAUCAACAGUACCCAAGAUGUAAAUCUUGUCGAAUAUUACGAAAUCGUUUGCAGAACCGUAAUUCCACUUCAACUCUAUUACAAAAAAUGGCAGAAGCUAAACGGCGCGCUUCAAAUCUUGUACAUAAAUGCAAGCGUCUGAAGAGGACGGUAAGUCUUAUGCCGGCUACAUACGUAACGAUAAAUCGUUGCGAUAAAACUGUGCAGUCCGACUGUGCAGAUAAAUCGAACCGUGUGUAUGACAAAUCGUUACGAUAAUCGACAAUCGGACAAUCGGACUGCACAGUUUUAUCGCAACGAUUUAUCGUUACGUAUGUAGCCGGCAUUAAAGCCGUAACAGACUA